AUCAGAAGGGUGGCGGUUUGAAGCCAGCCCAGGCAAAUAGUUCCGCGAGACCCUAUCUCGAAAAACCGUUCACAAAAAUAGGUAGGGCUGACGGAGUGGAUCACGGUGAACGUUCUUAGUUCAAGCCCAGUACCACAACAACAACAAAAAAGAACAAAAGAAAUCCUGGUCUAUGAAGAAAUGAUGAAGACAAUGGUAGUUUUAUUUGAUAUAAACUACAUUUUACAAUGAAAAAAAGUUCUGGAAAUAACAAGAGGUAAUUUACUAGCAAACAGGUAACAAAAAGACAUAAAACUGCAACAAGGUAUCAAGACACCAGGAAGCCUUCUAUCCCAGCCACGCGGCGUUACGAAAGACCUGAAAGACGCUGAUCGCUGUCCAGAUUAACACCCGUGACGAGGCCCACUCCCCAAGCCUGCUGCAUUCGCAGCCUCCCGUCCUCCCAGACCAAGGGUGCCAAGGAGGGGACACGGCUACUAGGGACCUAGGCCACCCCCUGGCUCCUCCCACCGGCCGCAACCAAUCCGGCUCUUACGGGCGCACAAGCUCAGCCAAUCAGAAAAGCUAGUGCUAGGCCCCGCCCACUGGCCGCACCAGGCACCGGCCACGCCUUGGGGUCAGGCUCCGGGCGUCGGCUAUGGGCCCCGGGACAGCCGAGCCCCGCGGGACCCUCGAGGCCGCGCCGCCGCCAUUCGCGCGCGUCGCCCCCGCGCUCUUCCUCGGGAAUGCGCGCGCCGCGGGCGCCACGGACCUGCUGGUGCGAGCAGGCGUCACGCUAUGUGUCAACGUCUCCCGCCAGCAGCCCGGCCCCCGCGCGCCAGGCGUGGCUGAGCUACGGGUGCCCGUAUUCGACGACCCGGCCGAAGACCUGCUGGCGCACCUGGAGCCCACCUGCGCCGCCAUAGAGGCCGCAGCGCGUGCCGGCGGUGCCUGCCUCGUGUACUGUAAGAACGGCCGCAGCCGCUCGGCCGCCAUCUGCACCGCUUACCUCAUGCGCCACCGCGGCCUCAACCUGGCGCACGCCUUCCAGAAGGUAAAGAGCGCCCGCCCGGUAGCCGAACCCAAUCCGGGCUUCUGGUCUCAGCUGCAGAAGUAUGAACAGACCCUUCAGGCCCAGGGUCGCCUGCCCGGGGAACCUGCUGCUCCCAGCAGCGAGGAGCGGUGACCCCUCUAGAGCCGCCAGAAGGGAGGACCAUCUGCACUGACAGCAGGCGGGGCCCCUCCUUUCCGCCCUGGGCCUUGUCUACGAAGAGGGAGCUGGGAUGCUGCUGCCCAAGACCGUCCUCCACCCUUCCCUCCCUCCCUCUGGUCAGCUUCGUUUGUCUGUCAGGCUGUAGUCAGAUCUAAACCACCAGAGGAGUUUUAGGCAGAGAUAUUUCAUGCAGGAAGAUGGAGGUGAAGAACCAAGGGCAGAUGAUGGAGAGUUGCCUGCUCCCCAGGAGCUGCAUCCACGGUGACACCUCCUGCUUCCCAGGCCUCUCCUGGCCUAUUCUCAGAAUUGAACACGGAGCGCACAGUGUUCAGGCUUAUAGCUGCUAUCACCUUAUUUGACCUGUGUCAAAAUGGUGCCUGACACUACACAGCCACCAUCAUCCCCACCGUAUAUGCCCGUUCUCCCCUGGCUGGAGGGCAGGCCCAUCAGUUGCCACCUUGAGCUGAUACCUCCUCUAGUUCAGACACAUCCUUUCCUAGACAUCCUGUGGUCUUCAGACUCAUGGAAAAUUAGCAUCCACACUCCUUAAAUAAGAUAGUGAAGAAAGAAAAGGAAAACAGGUGAUAGAUGUGAAUUACAGAUGAUGUACACAUUGGUUAAUAUAUACAAAUAUAUACGAGACUAUGAAUAAAGUACUGUAGCUGGUGUUUAUCACUUCCCUUUUCCAUUCCUCCUCCAUUUCCUCCACUCUCAGCUGCUCCUGGUUUCUGGCCCCUACCCAGGGCUACAGCCUGAAUACCAGUCCUCACACAUCUUCCAUCACCCCACUGUGCUCUGGGCAGCCCAGAGCCCAACUGCCCCUAGAGGUCAAAAUUAAUCAGUCCACCCGGGGCCCCUGGUUUGCCCCUGAGAAGCCCAAAUGGCUGGGUGGUGUCCAGUAGGACACAUCGCCAGGUGGACACACAUCUCCAGGUGGAAACUUCCUAUCUGUGAAAUGAAGGCCUCUUACUCAGCAGAGUAAAGCACAGUUUGUAAGCACUGGGUGGCUGCAGGCCCCUCCUCCUGCACUCCUGGAUGUAGGUUCUGGAUGUGAUGGAAUAAGCCCAUCACUUGUCCCUAGUUCCGAGCAUCCACCACAUCUUGUAGGGUGGUAUCCACCUCUGCUCAUCAGUCAGCACUGUUCACCCUUGCAGCCAGAGCUGCAAUGACAACAGGACUACUGCCCAGCCUGGCUAGUCUGACUAUGGUGGGUUUACCUCCCCAGUUCCCCUCAUAGCUUGUCAACCCUAUAAAGGAGACACCACCAUUGUCCCCACUCAGCCAGCAAGGGUGCAGUGGCUUGCAAAGGAGUAAGGAUCCAGGCCCAGGUUUUUACUCAAUGUGUGCAGCUAAUCCCUGCUCACAGAACCUUUGAGGGGGCCACCAAUGCCCUCUCCCUAGGGCAGGGCUCAUUCUCUAAGCUAACUGGCCGUCGAUAACAAGAGUGCAAGAGCCACGGAGCCUAGGCCAGGUUGAAGGACAUCUGGGUAUCAUAUCAGAUACUUCUCAUCCCACCAGCUCUGUUCUGGAAACUAUUCCACUGUGGCUUCCACCAGAGGUCCAGUUCUUCCUGGGAUCUCUGACCCAGAGACAGAGCUCUAAUGCUCCUCUAAACACCACCUCCUUCUGGGAGCCUUUGUUGUGCCCACUGGAGCCCUGAUCACCUCAGUGCCCACCUAGUAGAUGCGGCCAGGGUCCCACUGUGACUCCUCCUGGUACCAGUGAACAUGAAUGGGGUUGCCCCACUCGUGUACUAGAAGGCUGGGGUGUAAGUGGUGUGCCGGAGCUGCUUCGCCGCCCCUAAUCACCGAAAGGCCGAAGCACGGAAAUUCCUACGAGAGAAACCCAGGACUCUAACAGUCCUGGCGUCCAGGUUCUUGCCAGGGUCAGGCUAGAGUGGGAAAGACCCCGCAGCAACAGGGAGGCUUAGGGUGUUACGCUGACUCUCGCCGCCAGGGGGCGCCCCAGACAGGCUUCCCGGUUGGGGGACCGGCUCUCAGGCUUGGGCGGGGGCUGGGCGGUGGUAAAGGCACCUGCGGGUUUGCAGUUUGCAGUCUACUGGCUCCGCAGGUCACACGGUGCUUGCUGCACCUGCGAGGGUUCCUGGUAAGCUGACUUUAACUGCAAAACGUCC